GUGCGAUUGAGUGUUUUGCAAUGCUUCAAAGAUGGUGAUGCUCAUCUGCUGUCACAUUUGGCGCAGGCCGAUAUGCUUCAGCUGAUCUUCAUGACGUUGCAUGACGAGAAGCUGGAAAUGCAGGAGCGCUCGGUUGCACUACUUGGAAAAUUGGGCAAUUUAAAUCCCGCAUACGUUCUGCCAAAAAAAAAUUACAGGCUGGAAGAACACAGUGCUCGUCUAAUUGCUCAAGUUGCAAAGCAAUCACCGAAAUUUAUUAAGCCAUAUAUGAGCCCGAUAUUGGCUGCACUGGUGCCAAUGCUUCGCACCAAAACCAAUCAUGUUGAUGUGAUCGUGCAGGUUCUGAAUGCGAUCAGUGAAUUAGCAGUUGCGGGCGGUCCCGAAUUGGUAUUCUCAGUGGAAACACUGUUCCCGUCGUUGGUGCAGUUUCUACAGGAUUCAAGCAGCUUGAGUCGCCGAGAAAAUACUGCGUAUGUUGUUGAUCCGUACAAAGAUUAUCCGGAGUUGCUGGAUGUGUUACUGAGACUGCUACGCACCGAAAUGAGUGCUUCAAUGCGCCGAAUGACCAUGCGGGUAAGUAAGGCAGAACAAUCGUUUGCAAAAAUUGCAAGAGAUUGCUAUUUCCUUAUAAGUGUUAAAGUUUAA